GGAGCGAGUGUGUGAGUGCGCGCGUGUGUGUGUGUCAGUGUGUGUGUUGGGGCGAAGGGGUCCUUCCCCUCCCCGGGCCCCGGCUCCCCCUCCACUCCCACCCCCAGCGGCCCCUCCCCGGUGAGCGCGCCCACACCCCCAUCCCCCAUCCUUCCCCCUCCCCAGGAGGAACGCAGAGCCGCAGCCGCGGGGAAACGUAAAGUUUCUGCGGCUCAAAAGUGACGCACAAAUUCUUUAAGAGCUCUUUGGCGGCGGAUAUCUAGAGAUCAGACCAUGUGAGGGGCCGAGAGUACAAAUACGGCCGCGCGGGCGCCGGCGCCGGCACAGGCAGCGGCGCCCCGGUGCCUCGAGGGCGCGAGGGUCGCCCGCCUCGGAAGCCCCGGACCGGCCUCCGCGAACUCCCAGCAGAGCUCUCAACCCCACUGAUAUCAAGUGCUGAGGAGACUCAUAGAUCAGAGCACCAAGGAUUCAGAUCGGUCCUUGGCACAUGGGCGUCAGCAUCAUCUACUAGCCAGUAGGAUGGAGACCACACCCUUAAAUUCCCAGGAGCUAUCAGCAUAUAAGGAUGGAGAAGAUUGUCAAGGAAAUGGUGUUCUACAGAAGGGUGUCCCUGCCCCUGGGGAUAAGGCAGAGUCCGGCCAAAUCUCGAAUGGGUACUCAGCUGUUCCAAGCCCCGGUGCAGGAGACGACACUCAGCAUUCCAUCCCGGCUGCCACCACCGCCCUAGUGGCUGAGGUUCAUCCAGGGGAACGGGAGACGUGGGGCAAGAAGAUGGAUUUCCUCCUCUCCGUCAUUGGCUACGCUGUGGACCUGGGCAAUGUCUGGCGCUUUCCCUACAUCUGUUACCAGAAUGGAGGGGGGGCAUUCCUCCUACCCUACACUAUCAUGGCCGUUUUCGGGGGGAUCCCGCUCUUCUACAUGGAGCUCGCGCUGGGCCAGUACCACCGAAAUGGAUGCAUUUCGAUAUGGAGGAAAAUCUGCCCAAUUUUCAAAGGGAUCGGUUACGCCAUCUGCAUCAUUGCCUUUUACAUCGCCUCCUACUACAACACCAUCAUGGCCUGGGCGCUCUACUACCUCAUCUCCUCUUUUGCGGCCCAGCUGCCCUGGACCAGCUGUAAGAACUCCUGGAACACUGGCAACUGCACUAACUACUUCUCCGAGGACAACAUCACCUGGACACUCCAUUCAACAUCCCCUGCAGAAGAAUUUUAUACGCGCCACGUCCUGCAGAUCCACCGGUCAAAGGGGCUCCAGGACCUGGGGGGCAUCAGCUGGCAGCUUGCCCUCUGCAUCAUGCUGAUCUUCACUAUUAUCUACUUUAGCAUCUGGAAAGGUGUCAAAACAUCUGGCAAGGUGGUUUGGGUAACAGCCACCUUCCCUUACAUCAUCCUUUCGAUCCUGCUGGUGAGGGGGGCCACCCUCCCCGGAGCCUGGAGGGGAGUUCUCUUCUAUUUGAAACCCAACUGGCAGAAACUCCUGGAGACAGGGGUGUGGGUGGAUGCGGCCGCCCAGAUCUUCUUCUCUCUCGGUCCUGGCUUUGGGGUCCUGCUGGCUUUUGCGAGCUACAACAAAUUCAACAACAACUGUUACCAAGACGCCUUGGUGACCAGUGUGGUGAAUUGCAUGACGAGCUUCGUUUCAGGAUUUGUCAUCUUCACAGUGCUGGGGUAUAUGGCUGAGAUGAGGAACGAAGAUGUGUCUGAGGUGGCCAAAGAUGCAGGCCCCAGCCUGCUCUUCAUCACAUAUGCGGAAGCCAUAGCCAACAUGCCAGCAUCCACGUUCUUUGCCAUCAUCUUCUUCCUGAUGUUAAUCACACUGGGCUUGGACAGCACGUUUGCAGGCUUGGAGGGGGUGAUCACAGCCGUGCUGGAUGAGUUUCCACACAUCUGGUCCAAGCGCCGGGAGUGGUUUGUGCUCAGCGUGGUCAUUACCUGCUUCUUUGGAUCCCUGAUCACCCUGACUUUUGGAGGGGCCUACGUGGUGAAGCUGCUGGAGGAGUUUGCCACGGGACCCGCAGUGCUCACUGUUGCCCUGAUAGAAGCAAUUGCUGUGUGUUGGUUCUAUGGCAUCAAUCAGUUCUGCAGUGAUGUGAAGGAAAUGCUUGGCUUCAGCCCUGGAUGGUUUUGGAGGAUCUGCUGGGUAGCCAUCAGCCCUCUGUUUCUCCUGUUCAUCAUUUGCAGUUUUUUGAUGAGCCCACCACAGCUACGACUUUUUCAGUAUAAUUAUCCUCAGUGGAGCAUCAUCCUGGGUUACUGCAUAGGAACCUCAUCUUUCAUCUGCAUCCCGAUGUAUAUAACUUAUCGGCUGAUCAUCACUCCAGGGACACUUAAGGAGCGUCUUAUUAAAGGUAUCACUCCAGAAACACCGACAGAAAUUCCCUGUGGGGAUAUCCACUUGAAUGCUGUGUAAAACAUCAAUGAAAGGAAAAUGGCUUCCCAACAAGCUCUUCCUCCAGUUCUGACAAGUCACACCUUGCCUUCUCCCUCUAAGUCAAUGAGUUGCCAGCUAAGCCUGCCGAUGGAAGGGCCUUCUUCAUAGAGACACAGUCCCAAAAGACUAUGGUGCCCAGACUCUUAUGGCCUCUAGCCACUUCUUUCUGUGAAAUCUCCCAGACAUGUUAUCAUGUUAGACUCUGUGAUGCAGCUGAAGUGGACUGCUUUGGAUGUGUGAGGGUGUGUAUGGAGGUGAUGAAAACCACCAUAUCGUCAGUUAGGAUUAGGUUUAGGAUCAAGUCUGUGAAAGUCUCCUGUAUCAUUCCUUGUUACGAUCAUCAGUAUCUAACAUCGUUUGCUUCCAAAGGUUUCACUGUUCAUGAAUGCAUAAACCAUUUAGGAGAAAACAGGGAUACUGUCUUGCUAGCCAUAUAUUUCCUGAGUAGCAUAGAAUUCUAUAGCUGGAAUCUACUAGAACCCUGUAACCUGUGUGCUGCUCUGGAGUCAGGAGAGGAAGAUGUAAGAAGCUAAGCUGAAAAAUAAUGUGUACGUGUGAGCAUGUGUGUCUGUGUAUACUGUUGUUCCAGUGUAUCCCUAUCUCUAUUCUAAUACUUUGGGCCCGUUACAAACUAUGAAUUCCUCUAGUUUUUCUUACAUUAACAAAUUCCACCUACUGAAAUUUGUAUGUAUGUUAUUAUUUGAAGGGUAUAAUUACUACAACAUGCUCUGCCACCUGCUCCUUUUCCAAUGACACUACUUUAGCCCAUACAUCUUCCUUAUGGGCAUGCUUUAGUAUUUCCUGCACUUCAACUGCCAUCUUCCUGUCUCUCUCUGCUAAACAUUCAGGAUAAUGUUCCACAGGCAAAUCUGGCCUAUUUCAUUAGUCACUGUGGCUUGGCUAUGAACUACUUUGAAGAUGAAUAUUGAUAAAUGCAUCUUCAGUGUUCAGUUGACUAUCUGGUUUAAGCUCUGUCUACUUCAAAUGACUCCGUUUAACCAUUAAGGUUACUUGGCUUUGUAAAGAGUGGAUAAAUCAAAUUUUCACAGGGUGUAGAGAUCUGGUACCCUGACCUAAACCAAGGUCAUCCUCAACCCAAAAGUAAUUGGAGAGUCUGGGUUAGCCUUAAAUGCACCUCCUCCCAACCCCUUGACCCUUCCUGGUUGGCUACCAGGAUAGUGAGCCCUCCAGAUAAUAUUCAAGACUGAGUCUAAGUAAGCCUGAUUGGAAAAGGGUCAGUUAAGUGAAUAACCUUACACGCCACAUAAAACCCUUAAUACAGAUCAAGUAUAUUUGACCUUCAGUGGCUUGGGACUCUCAGAUGCAUAGGUAGAGAAGCAAAUUUUACCUUGUAGUGUGAGAUUUCCUUACCAAAAUCUUAAAGGGAGUAAAGCCUAGUCAAUGAUAAAAGGACUCAAUGAUCUGGCCCCAUAUCACAUCAGUCCUCUGUAUAAAUCUAACUUAAUCCUAACAACCUUAUAGAAAGAAGAUCCAUAUAGCAGAGGCCUAGUUUAAUCUAAUUAUAGAGCUUCCUCCCUUGGCUUCCUUUCCCCAACACUAUUCCCUGGCCAUCUUCCUGUAUUCCCCCUACAUUCUUCUAUUUCUGAUUCUUUGCUUUUCCCAGCAGAAUAUUUUCCUCAUAGAUGUUAGCUGCCGAGAAGUUUCCCAAAAUACUAGAGGAAAAGAGAGGGGGAUUUUAAAAUGACUGUUAACUGACCUACCUUCAUUAUCUUCACUCUUUCAUUCCUUCCUGCUACCUCAUGUCCAUUCUCUUUGCUUUCUAGCAUGCUGAAAGGAGAGAAGUUAUAUAAGUGGCAGCGUAUUCGGUGGUAAAUAGCUUUGCAAAUUUAAGAACUUGCUUUAUAAAUAUAUUCAGAUAUGUAUUCCCCCCAUCCCACACACACUUAUGCAUUUUCCAAAGAUACCAUUUUUUAAAAAGCACUUUUUCAAACAAAGUUUUGUCAAGCCAGGUGUUAUACAGGUGUUUUGAAAAGUUUUCAAAUGUCACUAGACAGAAAAAAUCCAAAAUCUCUCCCCAGCAUAGUUUGCAUUUACUUGACCCCUAUUUAUCAAUACUACCGUGGAUUUUUUUUUUUUAAGGAAAACUUGAGUUGGUAAAUGGACUUUAAUCUUUUAAAGACCUUUUACAUCUAAUGUAGCAUUUACAUAAAAGUAAAAAAUAAAAAUGGACUGAAUUGUAAAGUUA